AUGAGAACAUUUUGUGCUGCAGCGAUGGAUGCUAAUUCGAGAUAUGCCGGGACGCACGACUUUCAAAUUCGUGCUACUAAAGGCGAACGUCGUGCAUCGACUGAUGUGAGGAUGCAUAUUUUGGCUGCUUACAAAUGUGUUCCGAUGUUUUUGGGCGAGGACAACAUCGAAUUCACCAUCAAAGAGAACAGCCCCGCCGGUACUGAGAUCGGUACCGUAUCGGCUGCGAAACUCGAUAGCAAAUGUGAGCUGAAAUAUCAUCUAUGGGACCCACACACAUACAAGUACACCAACCAGACGGAUAUCGCCUCUAUCGACGUCACCAACGGUCAAGUUCGAACUCGAGUGUCGUUCGAUUACGAAGAGAUGUCAAUCUAUCCG